AUGGCUUUUCUGAGGGCCUUGCUCCUCCUUGUGGGGGUGCUUGGCCAGGAAACGCGUCUCCAUUUUGCGAAGACAAGAUUUGCUGAUGAUGAAAAAGCUUCUGUCAUCGUUGGUGGAGACUUCCGAGAUGUUGACGUUGUUUCCGUGCGAGCAAACGCUGGAGGAUUAACAUAUGAUUGCAAGAUCAAAUCAAUCACCGACAACAAUGUAGAAUGCGGCCUUCCUUUGAAUGCUGGCUUUGAUCGGUACGACAUAAGCGUUCUCGCCCAAAAUGACGCUGGUUCGACUCUGUUUACCUGUGCAAGAGCUGAUUCAUGCAUCAUCAAAAUCGACGAUAGUCCAUCAACUGACACGAAUUCUUAUGAGCGGGUAGAAGCCGUCGGAGACGAAACACCGAUGGUGACGAAACGCAAAAUAGUUGACUCCUUCGAUCAUUGUAUUAACCUAUUCGACAGUGAUAUCCAGGUCUUCUUCGCAAACGGGCUCACUUACGUUCCCUGUGAGCUGAUCACGCAUUGGUAUAAUCCAGGCGAGAUUGCUUGCCAAGCUGCUCCAUUUAAUCGCGAGGCGGAAUGGGCAACUCUCGUCUACCUCAACGGCGAAAAAUUAGAGGCUACGUGCGGGGACUGUAUCAUCCACACUCGCCCUCAUCACUGGGGCAGAGCAUCUGUCAAGUACGACUUGAAAUAUGGCAACGCGGUCGCUCCCGGAAAAUCUCCAGCGUGGACACCGUGGGCAUCGCUGAGUGGCACGACAGAAGAAGAAGAAAUCAUUUUCGAGGAUCGUUUCCUCACUUCCACUUUCGGCUGCCCCGCUCCCAUCAGCUUCUCUGUUCGAUUCAAAGAUGGAACUCUUCUCAACGAAGAAGACAUGGAAAAUCUCUUCGAGCACUCACAGGCCUCCAUGAUCAUCUGCCCAUCAGGCGGCUGCGAUGAUUACGAGUUCCGAUUUCUCUGCGACGACAGUUCUGUUUUCAUGUAUCUCGCUGGCGAUCGCGACCAAAACGAUCACGCCGCUUUUGACGUGGAUGAGCGUGAAAACCAUAUGAUGGCGGUUAAGAUAGAAACCGACUUCCCAAAUCCACAGGAGGUCGCUGUUUGUGGCCUUGGAUACACGGACGAAGAUGAGGUUCAUCAUUUGUACUCGAUCUACAGUAAAGACCGAUGGAAUGGCGCACUUACCUGCCGCGUAGAGGCGAAAACCGUCGGAGAUUAUACUAUCUCCCCAAUUCAUUUGAAAAAGGGUAGAGGAGUCGAUGAGACGUCCCUUUACUUCACAGCUGAGGGCAAAACUGCCAACUUUGCACUCGCUCCACGAAUUGACGCAAUUUCGCCCAACGAAGGCUCAAAAUUUGGCGGAACACUCAUCACCAUCACUGGAACAAAUCUCAAGCUAAAAGCAAAUUCUCCCCCAAAAAUCAUUCUCGCAGGAAAUAUCCCUUGUUCAGUCCUGUCCUCGACCUCCGAAGAAAUCAUUUGUCAAGUCGAUCGAUCAGUAGUGAAUAUUGACCCUGAAGAAACCCGAUUUCCUGGCGGUCUUGGAGCCAAUGAUAUUUUUGAAGAUGGAAUUAUGAAGACAAAGUAUCAUCUUCAAUCAGAGACUGGGACGAUGCGAGGUUUCUUCCGAGUCCCCGUGACUGGUUAUUACAGUAUCGACCACGGUCUCCAUUACGAUCUGAACAAGGACGGAAACUACAUCCGUUCCUGGGGAGAAAGAGUUCAUCUCGAUGCCGAUUACCAGUACGGCUUCUACACAAUCGAAGCAAAAUCAUACGGUUACAUUUUUCAUGGCGAUGGGAGCCCCGCUACACUUGAGUCGGCUAUUCCACCGUAUAAGAUAAUUCAACCCUCCGGGCAUAAGCUUGAGGACCAAUAUGAGCGGCAACAAAUUCACGUCUGGCCGAUUUUCGCCGAAAAGACCAAACACAUAAUUCACCUUUCAACUGGCUCCGUUUCAAGCAGCGUGCAGUUCCGACUCCGCUUGACUGGAGGAUGGUCUUCUCGAACAACGGAGCCGAUGACUUGGAGCGAUCUUGUGAACAAUGGAGCGGCUCUUCUGAAUAGUUGGUUCUCUGAUGAUUUCAAAUUCGGAGCCGAUAUUUACUCCGUCGAUGUCAGUAGCUCGCAUGGAGACGCUAGAAUCACCGUCACUUUCAAUGGCGCAAACUGUGCCAAUACUCUCGCACCGAUUGAAGUUGUCAGUGAAUUUGCUGCGGAACCAACCUCGAUGCAAUUUACUAACGCCUUUGGAGAGCAAGUCACUGGUCUUCGAACAUCAAUGACUGAGAAUGGCGAUACAAUUAUCAUCGACACAUGGGAGAAUCAACAGAUCGUCCCAGGAAUGAAAGGAUCCUUCCAACUUCAUUACAAAACGUGGAUUUCGCCAGUGAUUGAUUCUGAAACUAUUCUGCAAGAUGAUCUCUUGACGAUAUUGCAAUCGGGACAUCCAGACUUUUUUGGCUGCAUUUUGGAAGUUUUCCGAAAAGAUUGUGGCCACGGUGUUUUCUUCAUUGUCAAAUUCCAGAUUCUCGGGGAUUUCCCGGAAAUCAUGAUCACAAGUGAUGACAUGUCAAAUCACGGGAAUGAUUUGGCUUGGCGAACAAAUGAUGCUGGCGUGAGAGUUAGGAAAAUUCCCGGCUCUGCUUUGACAAAAGAAAUGUCUUCUCCUCAGGUCCAACUUUUCAUCAAAAACGUUCCGGCUUCUUGCGACAAUUGCGACUUCGCAUUUAUCGAUAGCGGAGCUGCAACUUCACUUGGCACGAACAACAUCAUUCUCGACGGGCAGGAGCAGACAAUAAAAAUCUUUGGAAGCGAUCUUGGAAGUACAGUUGCGGUCAUGUUUGGCGAUACCUCUUGUACUUUUGACACGGUCUUCUGCACGAUCAAAUCAGCAACUUCUUCUUCUGUUGAAGUUUCAUAUACAAAACUUCCAUGGGGGUCAAGCGCUGUCUACGUUCUUUCCGAAUCAGGUUUCGCUGAGUACACAACUGCUCUUGAAGUAACUGUCUCUUCUUCAACAAGUGUCAGUGUGACCGUUGGCCCCGAUGGCAGAAACGUCAAUGGUGGUACAUUAGUAACAAUCAGCGGUGACGGAUUUGGCCUAGCUCAAGGUGACAUCGCCUUCGGGGAUACCAUCGUGGAAGUAGUCGGCAGAUCUGUCGAUGACGUGAUUGUGAGAUCACCUGAAAAUUUCGAUGGUCUCGGCGCAUCCGUUAGUAUCUUCUUUGAUGGCGAUGUGGAGCCCCUCGGGACAUAUGUUUAUGACGCCGCUGCAAAUGUCGUCACACUUGAUGUAUCCUCACUCAGUGUUGAGGGAAACGAUGUAACGGUGACGUUUGAUCGAGAUAUUCUCAAUGAAACAGUCACUUUCUUCAUUGAGGAUGACGAAGUCCACACUGCGAUUGUGAAUGGAAGUACUUAUGGUUUCUUCAUUGAAGCGAGAGCACCAGGAGCACAUCAGUUCCGAGCACUUAUCGGAGAGUUCGGAUACUCAGACUCGAUCACCGUAGAAACAAUCCUCAGUAUCAAUACAAUUGCCCCGACAUCGUCCUCGAUGGCAGGUGGAUCUCUUUUGACAAUUGAUGGAGAAGGUUUUGGUGUAGAUUCGACAAUUACUCAAGUCACAAUUGGUGGCCAAAACUGCGACAUCGUCUCGCAAACGAACAAGAAAAUUGUAUGCUUGACACAUGCAACUUACACUACUCAUGUAGCAAAUUUUAUCGGAACAGGAUGGUCACCAUCCGACUUUGUCAUCAAUCAAAACGACAAGAUCGUGUUUAGAUGGCAGCUCGAAAGCACAAUUAACGUUGCGCUAGAAUCUGUUCCUGCAGGAGAAUUCUCUUAUCCACCACAAAGCUCGUCAAGUGGUGAGAUUUAUCGAGUUUUUGAUGAAGCACCUGGAGUCUAUUCCUUUACAACCGGACCUGUUGAUGAUCUUGGAACAGUAACACCAGGAGGAACUAUUGAAAUCAACGAUCCCGUUGACAGAGAGGUCCAAGUUGAAGUCGUGGUUAAUGGUUUUUCUGCUAUCAAAAAUCAGGUCAAAAAAUGGACCGGUUGGAAAAAUAAAUGGAACACACAGAAAAACUGUGGCCCAAUCGACACUGAUAUCUCAACUCAACUUCCGUCCUCGACGAUUUCCGCGAACUGCACUGGCUGUCUGACACACACAUUCUCCUUUGCUCGAAGUCCGAUUGUAACGAGUGGUUCCUGGAGCGGCAAUACCGUUCAGCUCACCGCUUCAGGGCUCGCCGACAACAAAGACUGCCUCGAUCAGUAUGAAGUCUACGCUGUGACGAAAACGAAUCCGGAUGCAAAGAUUCCUUUUAUGAUCUCAUCGAUAAGCUCUUUUGGAGAGCUUGUAGCUAAUAUCGGACAGACAACUGAUAAUUGGCCCAUCAAUGAGAAAGUCUAUUUACACGUAAAUCAAUUCGGGCGAGGGUUGGCCCAGAUCGACGGAAGCUUGACUGCACUUCAAAAGACCUUUUCCCCGACAUGCUCUGGCAUCUAUCCGGCCGAGGGUUCAAAUCAAGGAGGCGGCAUUUUGACGAUCACAGGCGAAUAUUUCGCAUACGAUAAGUUCCCAGUUGCAAAAAUGGCUGUCAGUGUUUGUGAUAAUGUAAUUUCCGUAAGCGCCACGGAAAUUCUCUGCAAAUUGUCAAACACCGAUUCUCUUGGAGUUCCAACAGCAAUCGCAGUCUACUAUUGCGAGACUGAUUUUGAUGAGUACAAUGCAGACGAUAUUAAACUUUGCGCUGACACUGGCGAUUAUGGCUUCACCGCAGCAUUUGCUGGACAAACUUAUACCGCUGUUGAUCCAACUAAUGAUAUCGCUAACGUUGCAGGUCCUCCAUCGGUUCAAAGUGCUUUUACUGUCGAUUUCGAUCUUUCUCUUCUCGGUCAUCCCGCUUUGGCGGAAGCAGAGUGUCGAUUAGUGAGUGCUGCAGGAGAAGAUAACAAUAACAAUUGGCUCUCGAUGACCGUUACGCACUCUUGUUCUGGUCCUACUUGCCAUUUCUCUUUGAAUCUUCCUAAUCCAAAUUUUGACGAUUACGAGGUUCGUUUGUAUCUUGACAAUUAUGGAUACGUCAACGUCGGACAAUUCCAUCUCGAGCUUGAGAUCCAAUCUUUCGACAACGCUGUAAAGAAGGGAUCAAUGGGUGGCGGACAUCGACUUCGUUUCACGACGAGUGAGAAUUUCUUGCAGAUUCCAACUGGAGAGAUCUAUUUCUAUGUCGGAGAAGACGAUAUUUGUGGCCAAAAUUAUGAUCCAAAAGCUUGUAAAAUCACUGCAAUCAGCUCAACAAAAAUCGAAAUUAUUACUCCUGCAGCUUUUAAUUCUGUAACUGAAGAUUUCGACGGAAAAGCCACCAUCGUUUUCAGUAACCAAAAAAUAUCAUGUGCCCCUGGUGUCUGCGAAUACGAAUUUGAUACUCAAACGAACAUUGCUAUCACUCAGCAGAGCGAGUCAAGCGAGCCAACUUGGUCGAACAAAUACCUUGCCAAUGAAGAGGUCACCUUUGGACUCGACAGUCUUCCAAACGGCUGCAGUGGCGUGACAAUUUCCAUCGGCGACAAAGACUGCCCAAUAGUCGACUGCGAUGGCACGAAUGCUUUCCUUUCUUGCACAGUUCCUGGUCAAGAAGCUGGUGAGUAUAAACUGGAUAUCAACUUCGACAGCAUUGGUAGUGCUAUUCACGAAAGUUCUGUCUUCGAAAUGGGUUUCAAAGUUAACAAUGUAAACCCGAAUAUUGGAUCGUAUGGUGGCGGAAAACUCAUAACCAUCACUGGAAGCGGAUUUUACGACAACAACAUGGGAACGCUCUGCGGUGAGGAGCUCGUCGACUGUCAAAUUAACAACGAUCACACAGAAGCAAUUUGUAAAACGCCCAUGAUUGAAAAUUGGGUGUGGGAAAGCUCAACAGAUUGCGUGUACGAGUGGUAUCAUAACGAUGAUGAAUCUGUCGAAGAGGGCGUUAGAAAACGACGCAACGCGGGUCAGAGCUUUGUCUUUGACAAUUCAACCACUGCGUACAUCGACAGCAUUCACCCGAACAUGGGAGGCACCCAAGGUGGAACAAGAAUUACUAUCGCUGGAAACAACUUUGUACCCGGACAAACAACUGUUGAAAUCGACGGAGUUUCGUGUGUUAUCCUUUCUGAAAGCGUGACAGAAAUUGUCUGCGAGACACAAGCUCAUCAAUACUCGACGGCUCAUUUGGUUCAUGUGACUGUGCCUGAUGGCAAUGCUGUUUUCCAUCACCCAGAUGCCGCGAAAUUCUGGUACGUUGACAGAUGGAGCUCUCCAUUCACCUGGGGAUGUGACGCCGCUGUGAACUGCACUGGCAAACCUGUCGAUGGAGAUAUUGCAGUCAUUCCCCACAAUCAGACUGUUUUGCUCGACGAGUCUACUCCACUUUUGAAAGUUCUCCUCAUCCAAGGCGGUACUCUCGUCUGGGAUCGCAAAGAUGCCAUUAAACUCCGAGCCGAGUACAUUUUAAUCACUGAUGGAGGCCACUUUGAACUUGGAAACGAAUAUGAGCCUUUCUGCGGAACACCGUCAGAUCCAAUUGGUGCGGAAAUCGAGCUCUAUGGCCACCACCGAAGCAUUCGACUUCCGAUCUACGGCGCCAAGUGUUUUAUCACUCGCGACGGAACUGUCAGUCUUCACGGUUGCCCAAUCGAGACAACUUGGACACAGUUAAACGCAACGGCAGAAGCAGGAGAUAAUUCCAUCUUCGUGCGCAAUCCGGUAACAAAUCCUGAUGCUCCGAUGAACUCAUGGAAACCUGGCGAUAAAAUUGUCAUUGCAACUACUGGCGGGCGGCUAACUCUUACUCAAAGCGAAGAAAGAAUCAUUGACUCGAUCUCGAGUGAUGGACGAACUAUCUUUUUGACGGAGCCUCUAACAUACCGACAUCUUUAUCAUUACUCUGAAUGGGAUGGGGAAAUCUUAGAAGUUGCAGCCGAAGUUGGUCUUCUGACAAGAAACGUCAAGCUGUAUGGAAACGUUAAUGAUGAAUGGACAAAAACACUUCCACCCUGCGACACGGAGUAUGAGACUGGAGAAAACCAGAAAGAAGACGAAGUUAUCCAAAGCUGUUACGAGAAUAAAUGGGGUGAUGAAAUCGGCUCCGAUGAGUUUGGCGGUCAUUUCUUGAUGCACAAAAUCACGUGGGGAAAAAUCGCGCACAUUGAAUCUUUCCACAUGGGACAAGCAGCCCAGUUUGCCCGAUACUCGUUCCAUUUCCACAGAUCAAGCCACCAACCCGACUCUUAUUUCAAAGGAAACGCGGUCUACAACACUUUCAAUCGCGUCAUCACAACUCAUGGAGUUCAUCAGGCUCUGGUUGAAUGGAACGUCGGUUACAAUGCUAUGGGCCACAACUUUUUCAUUGAAGAUGGCUGCGAAGAGAACAACAUAAUCCAGUACAAUUUGGCUAUCAAAACAAAACCGUCGAACUCGCUUCUAAACACUGAUCAAAAAGCUGCUGCUUUUUGGAUUACCAAUCCCUGGAAUAUCAUUCAACAUAAUCGAGCCGCAGGAGGUGCUCAAACUGGAUACUGGGUUAAUCCAUUUGAACACGCCUUCCCUCACAGAGGAGUUCAGCCAGGCUACAAAGAUACACUCUGUCCAGUCAACAGGGGUGUCCUCAAAUGGUACAAUAACACUGCCCACGAUAUGGGCUUUUAUGGCUUCUGGGUGAUGACGAUGAUUCCAAACUCAGCCUAUCGACCAAGCACACAGGAUUGUCAGACGACCUGGCCUCCUGGAGAAGCUACCUUUGAAAGAGGAAUUUUCUGGAACUGUCUCAGAGGUGCUGAACUUGCCCGAGUAGCAGAUAACAUUUGGAUGAAGGACUUUAUUGCAGCGAACAAUAUUCUUGGCGGCUUGUCGAUCCUUGAAACUAUUUCCGGGCGUUACGGAGGAGAGUACACUCAGUACGCUACCGGCAUCAAGGAUUCGACUGUCAUUGGAUACAUUGAUAAGAACAUCCCUGAGCUAUCGCUGUGCACUCGUUUCGGCAUUGAAACACCGUGGGAGCCAGACGCAAUGUGCGCCAUUGAAGGUGUCAAGUUCCACAACUUCGAUCAAGGAAACGGAAGCCACUGCACCGCCAUUGACGCUUGCUACCAUUCUUACCCCUUUGAUUGCGGUCGAACUAGUCAUUUCGAGCGAAUUCAGUGGUUUAACUCUCCAAGAAAGUUUUCGGCUGACUGGGAGCACGAAACCGUUCUUGUCGACCGAGAUGGCUCUUUGACUGGAAAAGGCAUGGCUGGCUGGUCAGUAGUACCGACAUCAAGCCUCUACCCGACCUCGAUGUGUGAACCUGCGCCUGAGUUUUCGGUCAAAUUUCCAUGUUCUUUCUGUCAAGGAAUCGAGUUCAUGCGCUAUGGCAUGAAUAAUGUACUACCAAGCGCACUCCAGGGCUUGAAUCUGGACAUUGAGAAUAAAUACGGAUCCACAACUAUCCCCUUUCAAACCAGUCGAUCGACACAUCCAACUGGUUGGAUGGGUAUCCUUCUCGCAGGAGAAACUCACGAUGUUUUCUGGAAAGACUUCCUGCACAUCACAAAUAUUACAUAUCGGGGAACAGUUUACGAUGUUGGACAGCACAAGCACGCGAUUGUUCGCCAUCCUUUCACGCAGGAGGUCGACUAUGCUGAAAUUGACGGAUUCAAACAAAAAGGCUUCGCUGAUUGGAAAUGGGAAUCGUACGCCGGCCGAGAAGAAACAUCGCUUGACGUGUCAAUGGGACCUCUAGCUUAUAUGAUUGACCAGCAUACUCUUGAUUUCUCGAUCAUGUUCGCAAAAACCGACGCUGAAAAUAUUUAUUACGAUGUUGACUACAACUUCGAAGUUUUCAAAUGCUUCUGGCCCGAUUGCACGCCACCGACAACUCCACCGCCAACGACACCGCCAACCGACCUCAACGAAUGCGACUGGGAAGAUCCGCUUUGCUGGGAAGAUGGAGUCGUCCCUGCACCCGGAUCGAAUGUCACUAUUCCUCUUGAAAAGCAUGUUACGUUGAACAGUGAUUUUGAUGGCGACAUUCUCUUCCUGGAAGGAACACUCACUAUUUCAGAUGCUCAAGACAUCACUCUCGAUAUCAGAGACAUCCUAAUCAACACAGGAGCUGGCGGCCAUGAACAUCUUUGGGAAAGACGAAAACGAAGAUCCGUCCAAUUUGAAAAUGGAAAUCUGUUCGCCGGAACUACCGACCAACCUUUCAACUGUAGUCAUACCUUCAAGAUCAAUUUCAAGGGUGAUCGAUGGCAAGAAGAAUUCGGUGCUCCGCAUGGAUCCCAUCCGAUCGGAGCCAAAACGAUUGGUGUUAUGGGUGGCUUACGUCUUGUUGGAUGCCCGCAGAACACACCGUUGUCCUUUUUGCAAAACUCUGUCGUCGCUGGCGUAAAUACUAUUGAGCUCACGGACGACGUAAGCGGAGAUUGGAAAGUUGGCGAUGAAAUUGUCAUUGCCGCGUCUUCCUACAACCCGCGUGAUUUUGACGCCCUCAAGAUUGUGUCUAUCGCUGGAAACACAGUCACUGUCGACAGGCCACUCGACUUUGAUCAUAGCGGAGCCGAUGUCGGUGAAACUUUCAAGACUGAGGUAGUCCACCUGACACGUAAUAUCCGUCUUGACGGGAGUAGAGACUCGGAAGAUAUGUUUGGUGGAAGAAUUGUAGUUAUUGAAGCGGACGAUGGUGAUUCUUACCGACGAGGAUGGGCGCAACUAGAAAACAUUGAGCUCGUCUACAUGGGUCAAUAUGGUCAUAACCGUGGCGACGACUGGAGAGGACCUAUCGUUUUCUACAACAAGGGAGAUCAAUCAACUCUCCAGAAUCCUUCCUACUUCAAAGGUUCAUCCAUCCACUCGUCUUACAUGGGCGCAAUUAAUAUUGGCGAAGAAGUUGACAGCUUUGUUAUCGAUAGAAAUGUAAUCUUCAACGUUGUUGGCAGUGGAUUCUCGGUACAGGCUGAUGAUUCAGUUGUAACAAACAAUGUAGCCGUCAUGAUUGUCAGCCAAAUGACGUACGCACAGGCCUUCCUUGGUGCUUCUUUCAGCGGAAUUAACCAGGCUGGAGCCUCCGGCCCUGGCUUUGGUAUCAACAGCUUUUCCGGACUUCUCCACAACAAUCGCGUCGCCGGAGGUGAUGGUCCUGGCUACGUGGGCCGAGGGCUUCCUUGUCAGCAUUCUGAUCUCUGCACGAGUGAUAGCUGGACAAUGAACAUUACCAAUUACGCUCACUCGGUGAGUUUCGGCUAUUCGAUUCUCAAGCCUCAAUACAACAGACCUUGUAUUCUACUAGAAGGCUUCGAGUUCUGGCGAAUCGCAGACUACGGCAUCUACACGCAAGCAUUCAAAGCAAACAUUCACAUACUUGGCAACAGAUUCGUUGAUUGCACCGUUGGAGUAGGCCACUUGAUGAUUGGCAAUGGAGGCCCUCUAGAUCACUGGCACGGUGACCUUCGCUGCUCAAUCGACAACAACGAGUUCAUCGGUCUUUCGGACCACCACACUUGCAAGGAUUGGGAGAACCUUGAAAACUAUCUCACCUUGACUGGCGGUCGAAAUACAAUGGCAAGAGCGCCGGCAAACAAGCAUUUUGGCCAUACUGCUAUUAUGAUGCCUAUCUUUGUCGCUGACUACAAUAACUAUCCAAAGAACUUCCUCAUUCGAUCAAAGGAAGACAACUAUCCAUCACCAACCGGAUACAGUUGCGUCGCGAACAAUCUGUUCAAGGAAUACUCUAUGGAUGCAACAUGCGGCAGAGGAAAUGUGAUUGUAAUGUCGAACCCGCGCGCUCAAGAUGUCACUCAUUCGGUUGACAUUUCGGGUUCAAGCUUGACUAACUGCCACGCUGAUCAUCUCGUCGAGUUCAAGCGGCCACUGCUGGAAAAUGUCAAUCUUGCCGAUUGUAUCGACAUGCCAUGCGAUGGGCAAAAGAAGCUUUUGGUGAAGGACAUGGACGGAUCAUUCACUGGCAACGGCGUCGAGACAUCCAUCUUUUCGCAGUCCGAAUUCCAUUGGCGCGGAGUUCAAGGGUUCCCUUGGUCAAACAGCGUCGAUGACUCCUACGGCAUGGGCGAUUAUCGAGUUCCUGAGAGCAUGCUGACCUUUACGAAUGGAACAGUCAUCUCCAUCGAUGAUUAUGCGCCUCACAAGGGCAUUUCUAGAGGAGACACUUGCGUCUGGAAAGAAUCACACGCCGCUUAUCACUGCGUCGGAAGUACACGAGCGCACUUGAUCUUCGAAUCCUUCGACAAAGACACGGAAAUACGACGAAUCUCGCCAAUCGGUUUGCGAUCUUCAACUGGUUACAUCGAUCUCUCAAACGGACUCAACGAUAAUUCAUGCUGUGCUGGGUACUCUUGCUCGCUCCGUGCGACAAUGAACCAUUUUAUUGUUGAGUGCGGCGAAACUUACGAUUUCCAUGCAACGGGAACGACUCCUACAGAAGUCCAGUUCGCGAUGUACAAUGUUCCAAGUGACUGUAAAGUGAAAAUCCAGAUGUUCACUCAUCGUCAAAAUCGACAAGAUGUUUUCCUCAACGGCAACAACAUGAUCUACUCAAAUCAAUACGACUUCGCCACGCACAACUGGAAAUUCCCGAGUCCAGCGUUCAUUCCUGAUGUUACCGAUAGCUCUGGCAGUAACUACUUUGACCGUGCUGACCAGAUGCUCUAUUUCGUUCUUGGCGGAGGCGAUAAACUCCGAGUAAAAAUUGCAAAAUCGAUCAUUUUAACGCUCGAUGUGGCGACAUCAAUGACAGUCAAUGAGUUCUAUGCUUCUCCUGAUCUGCCCUACCUUCUAGCAGCACUUCUCGGACUCGAUCCUAGCCAAGUUAAGGUCGUCGAUGUCAAGAAAGAAAACUGGACAAGUGCUCAAAAGAGCUGGACAGAAGCAACAAUGGUGACAAAGCCUCAAUUAAAGAACAGCAUCAACAUGAAAGUUUCAUUCGAGUUCGGAAAGCCUCUUGGAAUCGUCAACUCUUCAAGAAAACGAAGAAGCGUCGGUGAUCCAGACUUCGACAAAAUUGGAAGCAUUCUCGUUCAGAAGCAAAUGGACGGCGAGUUGGAGACGAGCAUCAAGGAUAUGGCGGAUGCGCAGGGAACCGAGUUAGAGGUUGUUGCGACGACAUUGACGGGCGAAGCUGUCGAAGGAGAUGUCCCUGAUUGGUACGAGCCAGGAACAAUGGGCGAGGAUGUCACCAUUCUCAAGGAUCUCGGAAUUACGGAUGAUGAAGCUAACCAGGCAGAAAACUUGCAGGCAAUGGUGGAAGCUAAAGCGGCCGAAGCUGGCAAAGAAGACCUUAUUUCCGAGACAACGAUCGAUAAACAGGCGGCUCAAGAAGAAAUCAUGUCCAAGACGACUGAAGCAAAGGUUUACGAUCAAAUUCCAACAACGUUCUCGAUUCUUCAAGAACCAGGCAAUAUGAUCGUCAGUCAGCGUCCCAAGCAAGGAUUCAAGGUCGUUAUGCUUGAUAAAGAUGGCGCCCAGAUGGAAAAUGUCGGAUACAGCGGAGAUCCAUGGAGGGUUCUCAUUAGCGAAGCGAAUGGAGAAUACAUCGACGCACUAGAAGUCGCAUUUACUCCUGGAUCUGGCGUUGCUGAUUUCAGUGGACUCCGAAUUCACUCUCUCGGCUCUUAUCAAUUGACCGCCGAGCUUUCAUAUUCCGGCACUGAGUCGAAUUUCACUAUGCCUGAAAUCACUUCUGCGCCUUUCGAAGUGAUCGCUGCUCCACCCGGCUCGGUACAGAUCGAGUACACAGACAACGUCACAAUCAACUACGUGCUUCAGCCGCUGCCAGAAAUAAGCAUCCAAAUCUUCGACACAAAUGGCGAGUACAUGAGCUCCUGUGGACCAGCUGGCGACGAGUGCAGAGUUUGUGUUGAAGCGCCAGUUUACCAAAACGAAACCCUCACUGGAACUUUGGAAGUUGCCUAUAUCGGCGGAAGAGCGAUUUUCAACGAUAUCGUGCCGACGGUCGAACACUCCGCUGUCACCCUGAUCUUCAGCCUCUGCUACAAUCAAGGAGAAGAUACAGUUCUGGUCGGGAAAGCACACUCAGAUACAUUUGUUGUUCGACCUGAACCAACAACAACUACCACGACAACUACAACGACAACAACGACUACAACCACCACAUCAAACACCACAACUACUACAACUUCAACGAGCAUAACACCAACUACUUCAUCCGCAGGAAGCACUCCUUGUGAUUCCGGUGACAUAAGUCUUCAAACCUCGACAAAAUGCCGCCCCGAUCAUUUCGGCAUUUCCAUCCACAAAUGCGUCUUCGACCAUUUGAAUAUGGAUCCAUCUGCUGCCUCGUUGAGCGGACCAAAUGCAGUGAGCGGCGGAGCAGUAAACAGCGCUUGCAGCGGAACAUUAAUCAACGACGAGUACCACUUCGGGCAGCAGGGAAAAGUCGCCGAGUGCGGAAACGAAAUCGUCUCCAACGCGACGCACAUCAUCAUCAAGAGCUCGAUUCAAGGCGUCGCCGGCGUCAAUUACGCGGGAAUCACUCGCCAAAGAAGGCUGAAAGUCGACUUGGCGUGCGCUUUCGAGCGACUGAUCCGAGUCAACUCGGGCCCGAUUUUGACCUCGCUCUAUCAUUUCACCGUGGACUUGAGCGAAACGACCGGCAACUUCGACUUGAGCAUUGACCUAUUCAAAGACGACGUCCCGCAGCCUUUCUUCGUCAAAACUGCGCUAGAAUCAGCUGGCGACAAUUUCAAACUUCAACUCAACCGCUGCUGGGCCACCUCAACCGACAAUCCUCAAGAUACACUCUCCUAUUCAUUCAUCGACAACUUCUGCGGCAACAAUGACGAAAUCGCCGGCGACACUUUGGAAAUCUUCGAAAACGGCGAAGAGAACUUUGCGAGAUUCAGAAUGAACUCCUUCAAAUUCCUUGACGCGUCAACACUUUUCCUUCACUGCGAUGUUAACGUCUGUGACUCAAGCGUUGAAAAUUGCGUCAUCGACUGUUCCAGCGGAAGAAAACGAAGAUCAAUCGACGAGUACCUUCCUACAAUCACUACUGGUCCCUUAUAUUUGCCUUGA